AUGUCUACCUUUGACCUCAUCGCCAAAUACACUCAAACGGCUCUAUCCCACCUCCCAGGGCCCACCCAAAAUCUUCUCCGUAACUCAACGGCCCAAAGAGCCCUUGGCGUUCUUGCCGCGUUUGCCCUGCUUCGCACCACAAACAGUUUCUUUUCACACCGCGCCCUCCAAAACUGGACUUCCAAUCAACCAUGGAUCCCCACCCGCGAGCUCAUCUUGCUAUCCGGCGGUUGCAGCGGAAUUGGCAAGCAGGUCAUGGAAGACCUAGCGCGCACAGGCGUGCGUGUUAUCAUUCUUGAUAUUAAUGAGCCAACUUUCGCACUACCCGCCAACGUCACCUUCUACAAGGCGGAUAUCACUUCCUCAGCUGACAUUACCCGUGUUGCGAGCACGAUCCGUGAAAACCACGGCGAGCCCACGGUGUUGAUUAAUAAUGCCGGCGUUGGACACGACGGGACCAUCAUCGAUGAGCCCGAGGAGAAAAUCCGCCAGACUUUUGAGGUUAAUACCCUCUCUCAUUUCCUUAUGGUGAAGGAGUUUGUGCCGGCUAUGGUGAAGGCAAAUCAUGGCCAUGUGGUGACUAUCGCCAGCAUGGCGAGCUUCGUGGCCAUCGGUGAGAUGGUGGAUUAUUGUUGCUCCAAGGCUAGUGCGCUUGCUUUCCACGAGGGGCUGCGUCAGGAAUUGAAGCAUUGGCAUAAUGCACCCAAUGUCCGCACUAGUAUUAUUCACCCCAGGUGGGUGCGUACACCCAUGAUCAAGAAGAUCACUGAUAAUGAGGCGCAUUUCCGCCAGUCUAUCAUGACUCCCCAAGUUGUGUCUGAGGCUAUCUGUAAGCAGAUCUUGACUCAGACUAGUGGCCAGAUUAUUCUGCCUCCCAACCAGUCGGUGGCUAGUUUGGUGCGUGCUAUGCCGAGCUGGAUGCAGGAGGGUGUGCGCAAUUUGGUGUCGCGUGGGUUGAAGAGGACUUGCGCUGCGCAGCAGGCGGAGGCAAAGGCGUAG